CUCACAAACUGUGGUUGAAAACUAAAACUCCAAGUCCCUAUCACCUUCAGGCUUUAGGAGUUCAGGUGUACCCAAAAAAAAAAAAAGGCUUCAGCCACAAAUUGGAAGUAUCCAGAAUUCAUUGACCGAAAAAAUCCCAUAUAAUGGUCAUAGCCACCUCUCUUCCUUUCAUUUCACUUGCAUAGUUGCAUUGCAUCCCUGCUUCCCCUCUCCCCAAACUUCACUACAGUUCAUCUUGGUUCAGAAUGGAGGAAGCCAGCAUCGAUUUGCAGCAGGGAAAACUAGUCGUCGGAGCUUUCGUUGCCAUCGUUGCAGCGUUGAUCAUGGCGUUCUGGUUGAUGAUGAAAGGCAACAAACAACGACCAGCCCCAUUGCCUCCCGGCCCACGCGGAUUGCCAGUAGUCGGGUACUUGCCAUUUCUAGGCACCCAUCUCCACAAGAGCUUCACACAGCUGGCCCGAGUUUACGGCCCAAUCUACAAGCUUUGGCUCGGACACAGAAUCUACGUCGUGAUUAGCUCACCUUCGCUGGUCAAGCAAGUCCGUGAACACGACGUAACAUUCGCAGAUCGAGAUCCCUCUAUUGCUUCCAAAAUCCUUACUUUCGGCGGAAAUGACAUUGCUUUCGCCUCCUAUAGCGCCAACUGGAGAAAGCUGCGGAAGGUUUUCGUGCGAGAGCUAAUGAGCAGCGCCCGGCUCAAUGCUUCCUACGUGCUGAGAAAGCGGUAUGCCGAGAAGGCUAUUAAAGAUGUGUACCAGAAGACAGGUAAGCCUUUGGACUUUGGGCAGUUGACGUUUAUGAUAAUAUCGAACACUGUUCUUAGCAUGCUAUGGGGUAGCACGACACAUGGAGAGGAAGGUGAGAAGUUGUUCUCGCAGAUCCGAGAAGUAUUAGGUGAAUCCAUGGUGCUACAAGGGGCGCCCAACAUCUCCGACAUGAUUCCAGCACUCGCCCGGUUUGACCUGCAGGGGGUGGAGAGGAAAAGCAGAGAGACAUUUCGGAGGUGUGAUCGAAUUGUGAGCUCCAAAAUCGAGGAGCGGCAGAAACUAAGGGAAAGUGGCGACGACAACAGCAUUAGCAAAGAGGCGAAAGACCUUUUGCAAAUUCUACUAGACCUCAACAACCAUGGAGAUUGUGCUGCUGAUUCAUCUAUUACAGACAACCAACUCAAAGGCAUUCUCAUGGAUUCUAUCAUCGGCGGAACGGACACAACAUCGACCACGAUAGAGUGGACGAUGGCAGAGCUGAUGCAACAUCCAGACGCAAUGCAAAAAGUAUACAAAGAGCUUGACGAAGUAGUAGAAAGAGGCAAUGUCGUGGAGGAGUUCCAUCUCCCCAGAUUACACUACCUAGAAGCAGCUAUCAAAGAGACAUUCCGACUGCAUCCAGCCCUGCCUCUGCUGGUGCCACGAUGCCCUACCGAGGACUGCCAAAUAGGUGGAUACACCAUUCCUAAGGGAGCCACCGUGUUCAUCAAUGCUUAUGCAAUGCACAGGGAUCCACAGCUCUGGGACAGUCCUCUGGAGUUCAGACCAGAGAGAUUCCUAGACGAGAACGCGGCCAAGUUCGAUUACUUGGGGAACAGUUCUCAGUAUUUCCCAUUUGGGAUGGGAAGAAGGGUCUGCGCAGGAAUUCCCAUGGCCGAGAAGAUGCUCAAUUACAUUCUAGCAUCACUGCUCCACUCAUUCGAAUGGAAGCUAGCUCAUGGGUCGACAGAGGUGGAUUUGACUGAUAAAUUUGGAAUCGUGGUCAAGUUAGAGAAGCCGUUAGUUCUCAUCCCUACACCAAGGCUAGCCAAUCCUGAGCUAUACUACAGCUAGAACCCAAUUGAAAAACAAUUUCUGAUGUUCUGUGCUUCCUGUUGUAAUAUCAUUACUGCGUAUAAAAAAUCCAAGCUAUGUUUGCCAACAAUGGCUUCUCCAGAGUGAAUGCAAGUUCAGUUACUCAUGGAAAUAACUCAAUCGCUUCCAAUUAAUUCAACAAAAUGAAAGAGAGACAGAGCUCUGGAUCAUUUCCAUCAAUGGCCAUUAUGUAUUGCAUCAGAGAGAUAUUCACAAUAGCAUUUGUAUGGUGAUUCCUCCCAUCAAUUAAAGGGGAAGAAAACGGAGAAAACCCAAAAGGGGGAAAAUGGCAGAAAAAAUCAAAACUGAAAGAAAUUUUAAAAUACCUACAGAUCUAGGUUUUCGCCGCCGCAGGGGGAAAAAGGUUAGGCCUUCACAGCUCCGGGAUCUUCAAUGGAAUCCCAUCUCGAUCCCAUCAUCAUCAUCAUCUUAAACUCUUCGAAAUCAAUCGUCCCGUCGCCGUCACUGUCGACGCCGCUGAUCAUCUUGCGGCACUCGGCGAUGGAGCAAUCCUCGCCCAGACUGCCCAUGACCUUGUGCAACUCCUCCGCGGUAAUUGACCCGUCGCCGUCGAUGUCGUAGACGGAGAACGCAUCCCUCAAAUUGACCAUCGCCUCCUCGGAACCAACCCCCUGAGUGUUGAGCUCCACGAACUCCUUGAAAUCGAUGAACCCGUCUCCGUCGGCGUCGAACUCGGUGAUCAUUUUCUGGAGCUCCUCCUCGCCGGCCUUCUGGCCGAGGCUGGACAUGAUGGAGCCGAGCUCGGAGGCGGAGAUCUUGCCGUCGCCGUUGACGUCGAACUUGCGGAAGACUUGCUCCAGCUCCUCCACCGGGCACCGCAGCAUCGGCGGCGGCGGGGAGCCGGAUCCGGUGAAUGAGGCCACGGCGGCGGGGGAGUCCUCGGAAGAGGCCGAUUUUUUGGACUUUUUCCGGUGGAACAGAGCGCGGAAACCCAUGAUCGGGAGGAGUUUGUUGGCCGUUGCGACGGUGGUUUGUGGGGAGCAAAAUCGGGGGAAGGGAAAUGGGAAUGGACGGAGGAUUCGGAAUUUUUGCUGUUGGAGUAGUUAUCGGAAGGAUAACGGGAAAUGGAUUAGGGAUUUAUUUUUAUUUUUUGAGUAAGAACAAAUUUUAUAGCUCGCUUUUU